CAUACUAAUCCAAGUUUACAACUUAUUUAAACGACACGUAUUAUAAGACUUAUACGAUGUCCUCUCUCUUCCGUCUUAUGCGGCCUGUCGCCCAGGCUGCUCGAUCUGGCGCCGUAACUUUCGCCGCUCGGCCAUUCCAUACCACGGCUGCUCGACUCGCUGUGCAGAACAUCGAGACAAGAAAAGAGUUUAAGGACCUUGUUUCCACAACAGACAAGGCUGUUCUUAUUGACUGCUUCGCGACAUGGUGCGGUCCUUGCAAGGCCAUCUCUCCCAUCCUCAACAAGCUCUCGGAAGAGAAGGCUCUUUCAGACAGCAUCCAAUUCGUCAAGUUUGAUGUCGAUGAGCUUCCCGACCUGACCGCUGAGCUCGGCGUCCGCGCUAUGCCAACUUUCUUCGUCUUCAAGCACGGAAGAAAGGUUGAUGAGUUGGUCGGUGCUAACCCUCAAGCCCUUCAGUCGAUGCUGGCGAAGCAUGCUGCAUGAAUUGUGUGAAUCUUGUAACAUCUCAUGUCACUGGGUUGGACUGUCAAGGAAGGUCAUGGCAAUAGACUCAAUCUGUUUAUAUUACCGAGGAAAGUAAAAACAGCUGUGUAUUAUUAGCAUAGUUAGACUUGUACAAUGGGUCGUUGAGGUCUGUUUAUGAUAUCUUAUCAUGUAUCACUCUGGAGAAUCGUCCGAGUUCUUGAGUCUAGUCUAUACUGAUCGGCGGCAGUUACACCACACCUCUAUGAUUUCGGCUAGAAAUGGUUCAAAUGCCAUAGGCUACUUAGUCAAGUUCUCUCGCGGCCUUCUAUUUCCAGUAUGGACUGUCACGGAGGUGGAAGGCCGUCGUAUUGCAUAUGGCCAUUCGGCGAGUGUCAUUCACGCCCAAGAGCCGUUUGACAGGUCGGCAAUAGCUUCCAAAACAAAUCGAUUGGCUGAUCAAUAUGCAAUUUCAAGC